GACCAUACCUGUGUGCUGAACAGCAUUGUCGGCUGGGACAGCACGAUUGGACGCUGGGCUCGUGUGGAGGGCACCCCCAGUGACCCCAAUCCAAAUGAUCCCUAUGCAAAGAUCGACAGCGAGACCCUCUUUCGAGAUGGCCGCCUGACUCCAUCCAUUACUAUUCUGGGGUGCAAUGUGACCAUUCCUGCCGAAGUGGUCAUCCUGAACUCCAUCGUGCUUCCUCACAAGGAACUCAGCCGUAGCUUCAAGAAUCAGAUCAUUCUUUAAUAAGCCAUGAAUUCACCUCUGGUGACUUCCGGACAGAAAGUUCAAGAAAGUCAUAAUAAUAUAAUUUGUGAUCAUCGGACACCCUUUCAAGCCUCAUCCAAUCUGGGUAGGCAAAGAUCUAUGGUUUUGGUACCGUCUGCAAUGUCCUUCUGGGUUUCUUCAGGGUAUGGGAAUAUGAGCCUCUUUCUAGGGCUGGAAGAAGUUGAGUUGCCCCCUCUUCCCUGGCUUGACUGCCAGUAAACUUCUCCAAGGAAGAGGCCUGCCUGAACUUUACCUCACUAAAGGCUGUUGACAGAGAAAAACCUGUAGCUGAGAGGACACUUCUCUGCAGGCUUCUGUGGCCCCCAGAUGCCUUUGUUUGUCCUCCAGUUAAAUCCCAUCAGUCCAAAGAGCUCCAUUCCUGCAGCUCACAUGGCAAAAAGGCCUGUAAUUCUCCCUUCCCUUCCAUGUAGUGUCGCCUUUCUCCUCUGGCACUGCCUUGUGUACUUGCUCACUAAGGAAAUUGCCAGAUGCUGGUUGUUUGUGAGGCAGAGGAAGUGAUUUGUUUCCAUAAUUCUAUCUAGUACAACACGCGGCAAAUUGAAACCUUGAAACGAACGAGAAAGUGUUGGUAAGAAAUCACCAAUAAUAAAGCAUACAUUGUGGAAAGGUUUGGGUAUAUUGCCUCAUCCCAGUGAAUGGAAUGGCUUCCCAUAAGGCCUGGAGCAAAAGCUGCUUGUCAGAGGUCCAAGUAAUACAUCCAUAGCAACCCUGAAGCUGACCUGGCCAUUUUGAGGCUUCAGUGUUGCCUCUGCUACUAUUCAGAAGCUUUUGGGAAAGGGAGCCGAUGGGGACUCCCAACACAGGAAGUUUCUACAUUGCAGAUAGAUUCAUUUGGUGUCCAACUUCUCUUUCGUUUCUCUGGAGAAAGAAGACCUUAUCCAUCAGUUUUACCUUUCCAUAAAAGAACCGAGUUUGCAAAAACAAUGCUUCUUUAUUAUUAUUUGGAGGAAAAAUAUCCUUUGAAAAACAUAGCAGGUUGGGAGAAAUUUAUCUUUCUUUCCUCUCCACCCUGUGUUAUCCAUGUGGUAAGCAGGAAAGUUGAAAGAAACAUGCCUAGAAAAACCCUGUUUUUGCAAGGAUUCUCUGUGUUAUCAUCUCUGUGCUAGCAGUGAGAAUAUGAAUGAAUGGUCACCCUGGUUUAACUCUCAUCAUGUUCAGUGGUGAAACGGGGGAGGUUAGUUUAACCCUGUACCCUCCAGGGCUUUCUGGGUUAAAUCUAACCAAACAUGGAUUGGCUUUUUUGAGUCCCUGUAAUAAGCUAAUCGAACCCCACUAACCUCCCAAAUGCUUCAAAGUGAUGUUUCCCAGCAAACUCCUUUCCCUGCAGAAUCCUGUGUCCCAAACAGCUGAAAUCAAUAUCUGUCCCUUGAACUGGUUUGUGCUGAUCCAUCUCUGCUGGUUUUUCUGUGAGUCCCACCAGGGAGCCCCCUGGCGUGUUCAUUGGAUACCCAUUUAUCAAGAGAGGAUUUAUCUUUCUCCUGCUACUGGAAGCAUGAUUUUCUUUGUAGUUGGUUAAUGGCAAAGGGAACCCGAUAAUGGUAAAUUGGCAACUUUAGCUAAUUGCUUCCUGUAAUCUUUCAUUGCUCCCCUCCUCCAGUCUGCAGUUUAGAGUUAACUAACUUGGCAGCCAGCAAUACCUCUCACUUGGGCUCUGAAACUAAGCAAGUGUUCUGACCUAGGCUUCCCAAAAAGCACGAGGCAGAAUCCUGGUCCUGACAAACCCUCUUGUAUUAAGCGAAUGUGAAUUCUUCUCAUUCACAUUCAGCAAGGCCUGGCAAACAGUCUUUCAAAGGAAUAUUUAUGACUACAGAC